AUGAAAGAUUAUGUACGCAAAGGUAAUACAGUUUUUCGAAUGAGCGAUGUACAUGAUCUUGCUGCUGAAUUUAUUGCUGGUUAUGAUUACAAUGCUUCUUCCAAGGCAAUUGCACAUACACGAAAAAUUGAGAAUCAAUUUAGAACUGUUGAUCAGUUUGUUGAAAACUAUAUCGAACCCAAUUUAACAGAUCCUGUUUCGAAUGAUGAAUCGAAUGUCUCCUCGGAAGAUGAUGAAGAAAAUAGUGAUGGAUGA